GGAAGGGAGGGAGAGAGAGAGAGAGAGAGAGGGAGAGAGAGAGAGAGAAAGUGGAAACGUGACUAGGCACUCAAAGAGGGCUGUUAUGCAACGAAUGACCUACUAACAUACAUUCAGGAGGGAAACUGGAGCAAGCCGCGAAACAUAACAUGAGGAUCUGAGACGAAAUAGUAAAAGGACGAGUGGGGCACCGGAGUGCAGGCAGCGCGACGGACAUCUCGACAUACGCGAGAGACACGCAGCGAUCGCUGGACAGCUCGAGACGAGCCUCCGCAGUGGGAAAGCAGGUGCGCAGCAGGCUUCUUUCUCGACACUCGCGUCCAUUCUUGGCUCUUCUGACUGGAAGUUCGAUGAAUCGGGAGGAUCGCUCCUUCAGCUCUCACACACGAAGCAGACAGGUGGCAGCCUUUCCAAAGCUGGAGUUGCGUCCAAAGACGAGGAAUCCUGGAAUGUCUUGGGACUGCUGAACCCGGCAGGCAAGAUCCAGAAUCUUCUCCCAUCCCCAGAGGUCGUCCUGUGCCCACCGGCUUCUCACUGUCUGCUGACUUUGUGGAAUUUCCAUCUCCUGCUACUCAAAACUUGACUCUCAGUUCACCAAAGACGAGACCCCUUAGUAUGUCAGCUAAGUGCCCGACUGCUUUAUCUGGCACGGGUCACCCACCGUUUUUUGUUAACCUUGUGACCUAAGCCUCCCACGUCCCAAAAAAAAAAAAAAACCCACAAAAUCGGUUGUUUCGGUGAACGUUUUUUUUCCCCCCGGAUCUUCAAUGUCAGCUGAACCGCACCAAGUAAUGCUGGCAGCUACGGGAGAAUGGAAAGCCUAACACCGCCAUUGGUCACGAUUUCAGAAAGUUUCACUGCCUUUGAUGACGACCUCGCCUCCCCUCAACCCCCAAGACUCCUGAAAACCAAGCUUAACAUGACCUGCCGACGCAAGCGAGAGUUCAUCUCGGAGGAGAAGAAGGACGCCUCCUACUGGGAGAAGAGGCGCAAGAACAACGAGGCGGCCAAGCGCUCCCGGGAGAAGCGGCGCCUCAAUGACAUGGUCCUGGAGAACCGCGUGUUGGCUCUCAACGAGGAGAAUGUGCGGCUGAAGACGGAACUGCUGCAGCUGAAGCUUCGCUUCGGGCUCAUCAGCACGGCGUCCUACGUGGAGAAAAGCCAGCAGAUCAGCGGCAACGCGGUCAACCAUUACUUCUCGGGCGGCUACUCCAGCGGCUCCCAGGUGAUGCUCAAUUCGGAUUCCUCGGAGGCGGAGCAGUCAGUCCGGGGGCGGGGCAACAACACGUUGGCGAAAUACUCGCCGCGAGGCUCCCUUUCCGAUAUGUCGGACGGCUCUUCCAGGGACAGCCCCGAGCCCAUGAACUAUGAGGUCAAGCAUGACGACUCGCACAUGGACAUCUCCUGCCUGGACGCGGACACUUCACCGAUGAUAUUCCGGAACAUGAACUCUAAACCCAAUCACGAACUGGAAAUGGCGCUAGACUUCAACGACAAGCAGGAUGGCGCACUUCCCUCUAUUGUGGCGCCCUCUAGAGGUGUGAUCCUGUACAGGAGCAGUGGCAGCUCCUACCUUGUGGACAGCCAGGCACUGCUGGACUCAGAGAAACAGCCACGACUGGCACCACUGGGGGGAGGCCCACUCAAGCCAGACAUCCCAGACCAACUCUCGGAAGAAGCUGCUCAGCCGGAAGAGAUGGAACCCAAGCCUCCCUCUCCUUAUAAGACGUUAGUGAUGGACGCGCACCAGUAUCGGGAGCAUCCACAUCUCCCCCCGAGCUCGUUUGCUCCGGAUCUGGUGAAGACCGGAUGCGGUGACCACCAAGAGGCGUGUUCUCCGGCCUAUGAUCAUUGCUAUCAUAGCUCCCAAGAUGAAGAACCGCCAGUCCUCACCUUCGAAGGCAGGAGGCAUUCGGACGUCUACUUACACGAGAGCUUAACCAAAGAUAGCUCCUCCACCGAUGGGGAUGUGAGGAGUUCAGAUAAGGAGACGUCUGCCGAUGAAGAUUCACCGUCGUUCUCCUCCUCCUCCUCGUCUUCCGAAUCUGGAGGAUACCACGGGCUCUUAGCCCAGUCGCUCUCACCCACAGUGGUGGCACCAGCUCUGCUUGGCUCCGCCGAAGGUCAGGUGGAGGUCAAAGCUACCGCCCUACCGCACAAGUUGCGCCUGAAGUACCGGGCGCUAAGCAACAGCGGGGGCAGCCCACCCGAGUUGUCGGUAGCGUUACCACAGCACCCUUACCUAGCACUUACUCACGUCAGCCCGCCAUCUGCUCUUGAGAAGGACAGUCCCAGCAGAUGCCAGGUCUAUGAACACAUGCCCAUCAUGCCCACCAGGGACCCUAACGGCUUCUGUAAAGUCAGGGCUCCAGAGUCACCACAGGGGGACAUAAAGUACUGUGAGGGGAACUCAUCGAAGGAUUUCGAGAGGCGGGCUGCUUGUCGGAACAAGCGGCGUGACUGAGCAGGGAGAUGGCGGAGUCGGCAGGAUCAACCGACCACUUGGCCAAAAAAAAGCCCCGCUGGCUCAACAGUUGAGGUGGCCCGGGUGACUUGGCGAGCUGACCCCAUAAGCACUUAGGGAGGAAGUGCAGUGACAGAGAAUGGAACUCCAUUGGGAUUCGGGGAGAAGUGGAGGUGGGGGAAAUGGGGGAAGCCGAAUCUUGAUUCUUCUUCUUCUUCUUCUCCUUCUUCUCCUUUGUCAUUGUUAUUCGUUUAUGACUGGCAAGUUCAAUGGGGCCACCAACUGGACUUUUGUUGCUGGAGACAUUUCUUCAACCAAAGAACCACCCCACAACUCCACCCCCACUGCGCCGGCUUCCAUAUCCCAUUGGGACGCCGCAAGAACCUUCUUCCACGUCUCUUUUUUUAUGGAGCACUUGGACUGUAAAUGAGUGUGAAAUAUUAUAGAACAUACGAUAUAUACAAAUUUUAUUUUAUGGAACAGAUACCACACACAUAUAUACUGUAUGCAUUUGGGUGGAGGCAUCACCUGGGCACAGUCAGUCUUGCACCUUUGUCAGCUGAGUGACCCCAAGCCACUGUCUUUGUUUGCCACUUUCUGGUGGGACUCCCAGCCACCCGAAAUGGCUGCAAACUGCUUCAUUCCAGCACAAUAAAACGGUUCCAACUUUUUCCAAGAGCCUUUGUGUGGACCAUCCCGAGGUACCAAAAAAAACAAAAAAACGCCUUUUUCCACUACGGCCCACCGACUGCCCUUACGUUUGCUCAUUGGGUUCUCAUCGUCCCCGUUUUCAUGCACAUUUGCCACACUGGCACUGACGAUAUGUGGACCUGGAAGCAAGUCAUUGUGACUUGGGUGUAUAUAGCGCCUUUCACAGGUCAUAAUGGAGGAGACCAAAACUGAACAGCAUGCCACCACAUUUUUCAGCCUGGCGUGGCAUUGCAGGCUGGCAUAGCGGGCAGCGCCGCCGUCUUCUGUGGUUUAGAGAUCGAAUCUUGAUCGGAAUUUGUGAUGCUUGUAAUGAACAUCCUGCCAGUGUGACUUGGUGUGGGCCAGCAAAGCGUGGGCCGCACUUCAUUUUGGUGGGCAGGCAGGCAAAUAGAGGUUGAGUGCAUUCGGGUGCCAUAGUGGAAAAAGGACUUCAAGGUUUGUGUAUAUCAAGUCCAAGUAAAACGUCGAUGGGUGCUAAAAGUGUCUGUCCGAUGCCAUGCUACUCACCGUUGGGUCCAGGGAAAGGGGCAAAGGAAUUCUUCAUGGUUGAUGUUUGUUUGUCGUUUUUAAUUCCUCUUUGUGGUUGUACUUGGAUUUGCCUCUAGGGGGCACACCACUAUAUCUCAACCCUUUUAGGUGUCCCUUUUUUUUUUUUUUGGUUUUAUGCUUUUGAUUUCAGGGGUACCCCACCCCCAAUAUCCCACACAACCCCUCACCGGAACCCCCCCCCCCCAACAAAAUACUUUGGUUGUAUGCUCAGUUCACAAAAGAUCCUUUUUUUCUUUGUUUUUGAAGUGAGGACAAUAGCAAUUUCAACAAGCUGCUUUUCUGCGUUUAAAGCACUUUAACAUUUUCUGCUUCAUUUUUAAAGCAGUGACAAUCUUUAAAUAAUAAAAAAUAAAAGAAAUUAAAAAAAAAAAGAAAUAUGAAAGAACCCGUCCUCGAAAAGUGACAGCAGAUUUUGCAGAGCCACCCAAAGCUUUCUAAACGUGGAAAUAUAAAAAGUCAGUUAGCCCUUUGAUUGCUGGUGAAUUCCACCUCUUCAGCUUGGGCCCGUCCCAUUAAGUGACACCCCCACACCCUCACUUGGAACCAGAGCCACAUGCUGGCCCAAAUAGAUCCUCACACCCCUUACUGGGCAAGCGUGAGAAUUCACUGUGGAUACGGAGAUGGGGGACACUGGCAAGAUCCGUCAAAGUCCAACGGCUGACAGCCACCACCAUGAUGUCCUCUUCCCUCCUUGGUAUUCUCAGCUCUCCUGGUCUUCAUUUGAGCCACCUAAAGGGCGGUCAUUCCACCUGAUAUACUGUAGCACCUUUCAUACUGAGCGAUGUCACCAUGCCCAUCUAUUAGAGUCACGUCUGAGGAGGACUUGGCCUGUCAGUCUUCAUAUGAGCGCAAUCCCAAAUUUAUUGCAAUGUAUCCGUCAGUCUGCACCUUAUAUAGCGACUUUCACAGAGAGCACUUAGUACGGUUAUAUUUGAGGAGGACGCGACCCGUCAGCCUAUCCUAUAUAGCAGCCUUCUUCCGAGCACAAUCACAACGUCCUUUAUUACAAAUAAAGGAGAGCUGGUCAGUCAGUCUGCAUCUUAUAUAGCACCUUGCACCGCCAGCGCUGGCCCACUUAAAGGGGACUCAGGCAGUCAUUAUAAUGUGGGACCUUUCACAGGGGGCACCAUCACAACACCCUUUAUUACAACUGUAGAGGAGCUUGGUCAGUCACACUAGGUCUUAUAUAACGCCUUUCACUCUGAGCACUCGCACAAUGUCUUUAUGAUCGUUAUAUUUGAAUUGCCCUCGACUGGCUGCUCUGUCUUCUAUUGCACUUUUUAUAGUGAACUGCAUCACACCGCACUUAAUUACAAUUAAAGGGGAAUCGUUAGUCCAUCUUUAUUUUAAAUAACACCUUUCAUAGUAAGCAAUAUCACAGGCCUUUAUUACAGUUCCAGCUGAACUCGGCCCUUCUCUCUAUUUCAUGUAAUGCCCUUUGCAGUGAGCACUUAAAUACGACACCCUUUAUUACAAUAAAUUCUACUUAUCUAUCCGUCUAUUGUGGUCGCCUCAUAAAAUGUGUGGCCCCCAUUAAUCAGGUUCGUUUCUGUCUGGUUCAGCAAUAUUCCUGAGUACCACCGAAAGGAAAUUAAUUGGGCAGUCUUUAUUAUAGAGGGUCAGUUCCUAAAGUUCCUGUCCGCUAAACACUUUACCCCCCC